AUGGGGAACAAGAGGUUCAGGGCUGAAAAUGCAGGGAAGCCAACUUCCGUCGAAGCUACUAGAAUUUGGGCGUCCAAGGUCAUCGACGACUUUCGAGCUUCCGGGAACGAAGUUUACACGUUUGAGCAUAAUCUUUCAAAUAGCGAGCGUGGCGUAAUUCAUCAGAUGUGCCGGAAAAUGGGUAUUCAAUCGAAAAGUUCCGGGCGUGGGGAUCAAAGGCGGCUUUCGAUAUAUAAAGGCAGGCACAAAAAUGGAAAGAAAGAUGAGAAAUCAAAUAGAGAGAAGCUUAAAUGUGUGUCAUUUCCGCCGGAGGCAGAUGCUAUUCUUCAGGAGUUGUUUACUCACUACCCGCCUUGUGACGGAGACACUGCCGCAACGUCAUUCAACAAGUACUCUGGGAAAUCCGGUAAACAAGGGCAGUGGAACGAUGAUUUUUUCCGGAAACCGAAAAGUAGCAGUGAAGAGAUCCUUGAGAAAGUGGCAUCUCUGAGUUCUAGGCUUAGGAAGGAUAAAGCUCUUCAGGAGAUCUCUAAGCUGCGGUCAAAGCUUCCCAUCACAUCUUUUAGAGAGGCAAUUACAUCUGCGGUGGAAUCCAAUCAGGUUAUUCUCAUUUCUGGUGAAACUGGUUGCGGGAAAACUACUCAGGUCCCUCAAUAUCUUUUAGACCAUAUGUGGUCAAACAAAAGAGAAACUUGUAAAAUUGUUUGCACCCAACCUCGUCGUAUCUCCGCUAUGUCAGUAUCUGAAAGGAUAUCCUGUGAAAGAGGCGAAAGCAUUGGAGAAAACAUUGGUUACAAGGUUCGACUGCAAAGCAAAGGUGGAAGACACUCAUCAGUUGUUUUCUGCACGAAUGGCAUCCUCCUUAGGGUGCUUGUUGGCAAAGGCUCUGCUAGCUAUGUAUCCGACAUAACUCACAUCAUUGUGGAUGAAAUCCAUGAAAGGGAUUGCUACUCCGAUUUCAUGUUGGCAAUUAUAAGGGACUUGCUUCCGUCAAAUCCCCAUCUCCGUCUGAUUCUAAUGAGUGCUACGCUUGAUGCUGAGAGAUUUUCGGGAUAUUUUGGAGGUUGCCCUGUCGUCCGUGUCCCUGGAUUCACUUAUCCAGUGAGAACCUUAUAUUUGGAGGAUGUGCUCUCUAUUCUGAAGUCAGGCGGAGAUAAUCAUCUAAACUCCUCUGCCAACUUGGGAAUACCAGAGCAGAAGCUUGCUUUGACUGAUGAAGAGAAACUUGCUUUAGAUGAAGCAAUCAUCUUGGCUUGGACAAAUGAUGAGUUCGAUGCCCUCUUAGAUCUAGUUUCUUCUCGAGGAAGCCAUGAGAUCUACAAUUAUCAGCACCAAUCAACAGGGCUAACACCACUAAUGGUCUUUGCUGGAAAGGGCUUGAUCAGCGAUGUCUGCAUGCUCCUCUCAUUUGGCGCAGACUGGAACUUAAAGUCUAAAGAAGGUAUGGCAGCAUUAGAAUUGGCCGAAACAGAGAAUCAACUAGAAGCUGCUCAAAUAAUCAGGGAGCACGCAGAAAAUUCCCAGUCUAAUUCUCAGCAAGCUCAACAGUUACUUGAUAAGUACAUGGCGACGAUCAACCCAGAGCAGGUCGAUGUGAGUCUUAUACAACAGUUGAUGAGGAAAAUAUGUGGUGAUUCAGAAGAUGGUGCCAUUCUUGUUUUUUUACCUGGAUGGGAUGAUAUAAAUAAGACAAGACAGAGAUUACUUGAUAACCCGUUCUUCGCACAGAGUACUAAAUUCGACAUCAUAUGUCUUCACUCAAUGGUUCCAGCAGGGGAACAGAAGAAAGUUUUCACUCGCCCUCCUCGAGGUUGCCGCAAAAUCGUGCUUGCAACAAAUAUAGCUGAAUCAGCAGUUACCAUUGAUGAUGUGGUUUAUGUGAUAGAUAGUGGCCGGAUGAAGGAAAAGAGCUAUGAUCCUUACAAUAAUGUUUCAACCCUCCAAUCUUCUUGGGUAUCAAAAGCAAAUGCAAAGCAGCGUGAAGGUCGAGCAGGCCGUUGCCAGCCUGGGAUUUGUUAUCAUCUUUAUUCUAGACUUCGGGCAGCCUCUAUGCCAGAAUUUAAAGUUCCUGAAAUUAAGAGGAUGCCAGUAGAAGAACUCUGCUUACAGGUUAAGAUACUCGAUCCAAAUUGUAAAACAAAUGAUUUCCUUCAGAAACUGUUGGACCCGCCUGUUGAUCAAAGUAUUGCAAACGCCUUGAGCAUCCUGCAAGACAUUGGGGCCCUGACCCCUGAGGAAGAGCUGACAGAACUUGGAGAGAAGUUUGGGCAUCUCCCAGUUCAUCCUCUGAUAAGCAAAAUGCUUUUCUUCGCUGUAUUAGUAAACUGUCUGGAUCCAGCACUUACUCUGGCAUGUGCAGCCGACUACAAGGAACCGUUUACCAUGCCUAUGUCGCCAGUUGAAAAACAGAAAGCUGCUGCUGCGAAACUUGAACUUGCGUCACUUUGUGGAGGUGACAGUGAUCACCUAGCGGUUGUUGCUGCCUUUGAGUGCUGGAGAAACGCAAAAGAAAGAGGUCUUGCGGCAGAGUUUUGCUCUCAGUACUUUGUCUCCCCAAGUGCAAUGAAGAUGUUGGAUCAAAUGCGUAGCCAACUUGAGUCAGAACUUAAAAGACACGGGAUUAUUCCUGGUGACAUCUCAAGCUGUAGCCAGAAUUCGCGUGACCCCGGUAUACUCCGUGCUGUCCUAGCAGUAGGAUUGUAUCCUAUGGUGGCAAGGUUGUGCCCAUCUUUUGGUAAUAAUCGAAGGUCUUUAGUAGAGACUGCUAGUGGUGCCAAAGUUCGUGUGCAUUCUUUGUCAAACAACUUCAACUUGUCCUCGAGGAAGUAUGAUGAAUCUUUAGUUGUUUUCGAUGAGAUCACACGUGGAGAUGGAGGCAUGCACAUAAGAAACUGUACUGUUGCUCGCGAUCUUCCGUUGUUACUGGUCUCAACAGAGAUAGCUGUAGCUCCUACAGAGAACGUUGAUGCUGAUGAUAGUGAUGACGAAGAAGAACAAGAAGAUGAUGAAGAAACAGGAGAAGAAGAAGAAGGAGAUAAUAGUAAUGAAGAAGGUAUGGAUAUACAUAAAGCAGAGAGUAGGCGUGGGCAGAAAAUGAUGUCUUCACCUGAAAACUCAGUCAAGUUGGUAGUGGAUCGGUGGCUGCCUUUCAGAACCACAGCCCUUGAAGUUGCUCAAAUGUACAUUUUGCGGGAGCGACUAACAGCAUCCAUUUUGUUCAAAGUAAGACAUCCACGGGAACAUUUGCCGCCUCAUCUCGGAGCUUCUAUGUAUGCAAUAGCUUGUAUUCUCUCAUAUGAUGGUCACGCGGGACUUUCAUCUUCAUCGCAGUCUAUGGGACGAAAACAUUCGAGGACUGAGACGUAUGAUACCGGAGGAUGGGAAGAGAAUCCAAACUCUUUCCUCAACUCUCUCUUUUGGUCUCUGAGUCUGAAAGAGAGCAAACCUUCUUCUAGCCACGCGAAUAGGAAUCGACAUCAUGAAUUCAAUGCGGCUCAUACAGAAGCUAGGCAGCAAAACAAUAAGGAAAGGAAGCCCAAAUCAGCCAACAAUGCUGAUUUUGGUAAGAGAAAAGAGAAAAUGUUGGUUAAUCACAGCAAUGGGAUUCACCAACCUCAAGCUGCAUCUACUGCUAAUCAAUCAAAGCACAAAUCAGCCAACAGUUCGGGUUUGGGUAACAAGAAAGAGAACAUGCCUACUGGCCAGAGCCAUGGGAAUCAGCAACCAAACACGGCUCCAAGAGAAGCAGCUGCAUCAAUGGCUAAACAUCAAAGCAGUAAGAAAAUCAAGAACAGAGCACCCAACAACUCGGAUUCGGGUAAGAAGAAAGACAUGUAUGUUCCAAAGAUAGAUCUCCAUAAAAGACAACGUGAAGACAAACCAGAACAGAAGGGAAAUGCUUGA